AUGCUUAGGAAAAUCAAGACAGAGGGGGCAUCCGCCACACGACUGGGCUACACAAAGCCACGCCAUAUAACGUAUGCAAAAUGCUUAGACACUGCACGAGAGAUAUUGGUCGCCAUGGCUGAAGCCGAAGGUCAACCGGCAUUCGCACAAGCAACGCCGGAGGAACAGCUUCGACGCACAUCACUCACACGAGCGCAGCACGAGCAAGGCCUACUGUUCAACAGCUACGCAACGAUGGACAUGUGUGGCCGGGCGCACUAG